AUGAGCCAAGAGGACAUUCACAGCCUCAGCAUCGACAGCCAUCAGACCGCGCACAGCUUCGACGAGUUGUCGACCGGUAAGCUCAGUUAUGCCAUUGCCAGCUCCAAAGCCACCGGAGGCCUUGGACACUUCCUUUUGAUGGCCAUGAUAGCGCCGCAAGCUUUGUCCACGACGGCCCAGAAACAGGAACAAAUGCAUGGCGGCAGUGCUCUUCGAGCAGUGUUGACACUUUGUGGCGCCAGCAGGCGCGACGCAUCCUUCCAUCCUAACAUUCACGAAAUCUCCCUUUCCUCCAUCAGAACUGUGUCCAAGGCCGACUACGACGCUGGCACCACGGAGAAGCCCGAUUCUCAGGUACGAGCUCGCCACUCUGGGAGAGCAACAAUCAUGAAAAGGUGA